UUCUUCACUCCAGAGCGUAUUUGGUCCGUUGAUGAACAGAUCGAUCAUACAUUUCAGGACAUCUAUAAAUAAUUAUUUCUUUCUAGCUGUUAGCCUGAUGCAGCUUUAGCUACCUUCUUCCUCCAGCAACGAUGAUUCCUCUUUGUGUUUUAACCGAAUGUGUUAUUUUUCUAAUCUAAUGUGUAAUCAGUGAUUUUUAGCAGUAGUGUAUGUUACAUUAAUAAGUCAACAGUUAAUAUGGAGGAAAAGCCGUUUACAGCACUGACGGUUCCCACGGAUUAUUUCCAGCAGUGGUACCAGGCCAAUCAGCAGCACCCUGAGGCCCAGCAUGUGAUGCCGUACCACAGCUUUGGUCACUACACCGACGGCUACAUGGAGGAGCCCGUCAUGGCAGAGCUGUCUGUCCACAGGGAACCAUCGGAAUACCAGGAACCCUUUUACCACAGCUUCCCUCCAGCAUCAAAUCAUUACCAGGAGCAGAUCAGCCAGCCGAGCUUCACGGAGCAUCAGCAGAACCUGCAGCCCCCUGCAGCCCCCCAGCAGACUCAGCAUCAACAUAUGAUCCAGCAGCAGCAGCAGCAGCAACCUAACAUCCAACCUCAUGGCUCCCCUCAAGUUUUAACGCCAGUAAAGAAGAAAAGAGGUCGACCCUCUAAGCAGCAGGCGGAGGAAAAGCAGAUCAAGGAGGAGGUGGACGAAGCAGAAGCUGCCAAGAAAGCAAAAAGGGUUCUGAACCGGUUCAACGGCAUGAGCGUGGCGGAAGUCAUGAACAAAACGCUCCCUGAUGUUCUAACCUACAACCUGGACAUUUUAAUAAUCGGAAUAAACCCUGGACUGAUAUCCGCCUACAAAGGACACCAUUACCCAAACCCAGGAAACCAUUUCUGGAAAUGUCUGUUUCUGUCGGGUCUGACUGAGCAGCAGCUUAACUACAUGCACGACCAGAGCCUGCCUGAGAAAUACAGCAUCGGCUUCACUAACAUGGUGGAGAGGACCACACCGGGCAGCAAGGACCUCUCCAGUAAGGAAAUCCGAGAAGGAGGCCGACAGUUGCUUGAAAAGCUGCAGAAGUACAAACCGUUAAUUGCCGCUUUUAAUGGAAAAGGAAUUUACGAAAUAUUUAGCAAAGAAAUCUUCGGCGUAAAGGGCAAGAAUCUUGAGUUCGGCCUGCAGCCUCACAAAAUCCCAGAGACUGAAACGGUGUGCUUCUUAAUGCCGUCAUCGAGCCCACGAUGUGCCCAGUUUCCCCGUGCUCAAGACAAGGUCCAUUUCUACAUAAAACUGAAGGAACUGCGUGACCAUUUGAAAGGCCUGACACCCAACAAGGAGGUGAUGGAGACCCAGUACUCAUUUGAUCUGCAGCUUGCUAAAGAGGAUGCUAAAAGGAUCGCGAUCAAAGAGGAGCAAGUGGAUCCAGAAUAUGAAAGCUGCAGUGGGCUUAAUGACGGAGAAAGGGGGGGCACCUGAGAAAGAGGAGGGGGAGAAACGGGCCAUCUACUGUAGCACUCAGAAGUACACUGGCCAGAGGACAGAAUGACACAGCGGCGGUUAUGACCUGAUCCUGGCCACAAGGAAUAUGAGCAAAGAAAAGAAAUGGCAUCAGGAGAGACCAUCAUCAUGCACCCAAAGAACUGCCAUGAAAAAAACACAGCAGCUAUUUUUCUACCACUCUGGUAUCAGUUUUUAUCACUAUUUAUUGCAUCUUGUAAAUUUCUUUCCAGUGAAUUAUUUUGUACUUUGAUACAAUUGUAAGCUUUGAUUUAUCUGCUGUAUACAUGGAUAAUUGAUGUUUUUUUCUGAUUUGUAAGCAAGGCUUUAAUAAACCUGGUCUUAAAAUUCU